CAAAUUGAAAAAUUCUGUGAAGAAGUGUCAAACAGGUGCUUUCGGUGAUUUCAUACUGAGGAGUUUCUAAGAGCUUGGAGCAUUUAGUUUCUGUUCUGUAACCACAGCUAAAACGGAGUUUGGACUUCUUGAAUGACAUCUGCGUUAACAGUUUUGAAAAAGGACAGGAAAACUGUGUCAAUCCAAUGAGAGUGGGUUAACAUAUUUGUAAGAGGUGUUUUCUGCUUUGCUGAGAUGGUGAUGAUGAAGACUGAGAGGUUCCUAGUUUCUUCAAACAGAUCAAAGCAAUCGAUAAAAACUGUAAAAGCAUGAGACUUUCCACACUGUAGCGUGCAGUAGGUUCUGCAUGUUUGCCUGUCCUACUUUUAAAGGUUGAGCUGAAUGCAGAGAAAUGAAACCAAACUGCAGGUUCUAUUUUCAAAGUUAAAUAAUGCUUGCCCACGCCUGCCACAUGCAGAGACUCUUCAUUUCUCUGGGCGUGACCCCACGAGAGUAAAAUAUGUUGUUUUUUUAAUUAGCUUUUCUAAAAGGAAGUAGUGCUUCAGAUAGAGGAAGCAGGCUUGUGUUUUUGCACCACUUCAAAUUCAAGAUGACUCAACAUUCAUGCUGUUUAUAAUAUGACAGCAGAGCCGUGUACCGAAAGGCGAAGGUCCGCUGCUCACAGACCACUUGCUUAUUGGAGCUCCGCACCGUUUCGAAGGUGAGACAGAUGCAUUUCUGUGUUGACUCCAUCAUACUCUUGUUCUUUCUUAUUGCUCAGUUGCUAUUGGGACUCAGUUAAAAAAAAAAAUCUGCAAAACGGUGAGAAGGCCGAGCUUCCCCUUUCCUCUCUUGUUUCCCUCAGUGUGAGAGCAGCCCACAGCAGAUGGGCUCUCCUCCGCUUGCACUGUCAAACCACACCAUCGCCUGCGAGUAACGCUGACUUUUCAAACAGCACAGGCAACUUUUGACAUGCACACUUACAUGAGAAGGAGAGGAAGGGUUGAUCCUGACUCUGUUUUUGAAUCUGCUAGAGAAUGAGAUCCCCAGUGAUUAACUUAGAUUCUUCACUCCUUGCAUGCUGUCGAUUUAAGGAGAAGAUGUGCUAACGCCAGGUGGAAAAGAAGUCUGAAUACAAGUGAAUAAAGGAAUUGCCAAUAGAGUCUAGAAGAAACCUGUAAAGGAAGCCAUGUUGAACUCCACCACGUGUAACGAGGAUUUUGUGGAGUUCAAUAACACCAUGGAAUGGUUUUAUAAAAUAUUCUACCUGCUGCUCUUCAUCCCAGGGUUGCUGCUCAAUACCACAGCCCUCUGGGUUCUCUGCAGACACAUCUGGAAGAAGACCAAGACAGUGAUCUUCAUGAUAGAUUUGGCUCUGGCAGACUUGGUUCACAUCCUCUCUCUGCCCCUCAGGCUCUAUUAUUACUUCACACACAGCUGGCCUUUUGGAAAAACUGUAUGCAUGAUCUGCUUCUACCUGAAAUACUUCAACAUGUACGCCGCUAUAGCGUUCCUGAUGUGUAUCAGCGUCCAGAGGUACGCCUUCCUGCUCAACCCAUUUUCAGCUCGCCGCUGGAGACGCCGUUAUGACCUGAUGAUCAGUGUAUUUGUGUGGGUGGUGGUCGGCGUGGCUUGCUCGCCUUUCAUUCUGAUGCGAAUGAGCAGCAGCGGCGGCGCACCAAACACCAAUGAAUCAUUUAUCCAGUCACCUUUCUUUUCCACCGAGCAACCGCAUAAUUUCAGUGUCGACACACAAUCCUCCAAUGCAAGCUGUUUUAAAGACCUGCCAAUGCGUAAAGUGUCCCCCUUUCAGCUGAUCCUGUUGAUCAUUUUAAACGAGCUGGUUGGUUUCUUGACUCCUCUCAUAAUCAUCAGCUACUGCUCCAUCCGCAUCGCCUGGUCCUUCAGACAGAAGCAGGACCAGGAUCAGCAGAACUCGGCCUCGCUCAGCCCUUCUUUGCGAAGCCGACUGCAGUCCGUCACCUCCAACAAUCAUCUACAUAAAAGCCAAGAGAAGAAUCUGAACAGUGAGAAGAAGCGAGCCCUGCAGCUGGUGCUGAGCUGUGCCGCUCUCUUCCUGUUCUGCUUCGCCCCGUACCACAUCAACUUCAUGCUCUACAUGAUGGUGUCGCAGAACUUUGUGACCCACUGCGCCACCAGGCUGGCUGUGAAACAGUUUCACCAGGUGUCUCUGUGCUUGUCGAGCCUGAGCUGCUGCCUCAAUCCCCUGCUUUAUUAUUUUCUCAACGCUGAAUUCAGAAUGCACCUCAUCCGCACCUCCUCUGUCUCCUCCUCCAUCCUCUCCUCCCCGGUCAGCUCCCCAACAGAGGGUCUCGCACAAACCAGGCUCCUGAGGAUGGAGAGUGGCUGCUCAGAGAGGGUGAAAACUGAGUUUACCUCAGGUGUUGACUGAGCUACACAUCCCAAACAGACAAAAUGUGACAUUUUUUCCAAAGAGGCUUAAACACGAGGAACAUCUAAAUAAAAGGGUCCAGUAUUUUGCUUAGUGACAUUUUGAAAGUAAACGGAGGAAAUUCAAGAUCAAACCUUCCUGUUAAAGCCUUUCAGGAGAAAACGGAGCAGCUUUAGUUGAGCUUGUGAACAGAUUGAUGAGGUGGAAACUGGACACGGUUGUGUGUGAUGUCACAUCUGUCUGAUUGUAAAACUCACCUGACAAGCUUUGAAAGGGCAUUUUAAAUUUUUUGAAGAGUUCUGUGAAAAGACUGUGAAGAAUUAAUACCCUAAAUGUUGUUGGAAAAACUGUCAAAAGAGAUAAUCAGAACACCCUAACAAAACUUAUAAAACAAGGACUAAAACUCCAUUAAACUCCAACCAGGAAAGCAAACCAAUUAAACCACAAAGGAAUUGACCCAAAGUUGCACUGGAAAUGCUACAGCUAACUGCCGUUGCUGCUAUUUGCAAGCAAAUACCCCUAGAUUUAUAUGAAAAAAAACCAAGUAAGGUAAAACAGAUACUGAUAUAAAGCUUUACUAGGGGUGUAAAUCACCAUCUUUAUCACAGUUCAGUAUUGUAUUGAUUUGUUUGGCUGUCAGGCAUGUGAUGACAAAAUGGAUUGAUUGUUUUGUUUUGCCUUGAUGUGACCGAAUCAUUAAUUGUUUUAUCAGGAUUUGGACUGAUGUAUUGUUAUAGUAGCAACCCACUGUGGUUGUGGCUUUGCCAGCACUAGCUGUUAGCUUGUUAAUCUGGUCAGAACAGACAAGCUAACAGCAUACAUGUCAUAUCAGGCCCCAAAAUGAAAUGGUUAAAAAUUUCACUGUUAUUUAGCUCACUUUCUGCGUGUUAAAAAAUUUCCACUAAUAUUUUAUUGUUA